CUUUGCUUGUUCAGAAUGAGCGCAAGUUAAUGGAUGUACCGAAGAAGAUGUACUUGCAGUGGGUAUGAAUGAGGAAGGAGCUCAACCACUGUGGCUAUCCCUGACUGCCGCGGGAACCGUCAGGCGCCGCGCCAGAGGCUGUACGUAUCACGGCUAAUGGAGUCGUCGAGUGUUGCACAGACGCCUCGAGGUGUCUGGGGGAGUGUCUGUGGCUGGCUUGGUGAGUCACUAAGAGAACACCGUCCAUGGCCCGUAUUGCAACUCCCCAUUGAUGAAAGAGGCAGAGGAAACACAGAUACUGACCUUAGAAGGGACGCAACACCUCAGCAACAUCAACGUGGUCCUCCUCACUCAGCUCCACUCAACAGCAGCAGCUGGAGAAUGUGCAAAAGAAGACGUGCAGGGUCAUCCUCGGCCCUGCCUACACCAACUACGAUGACGUCCUGACCACCGCGAGUCUGUCCAAACUGUCUGCCAGAGACCGAGAGGCCCUGGAGAAACUGGGGAGGGGGCUGCUACGUCACCACGCUUACGCCACCUGCUCUUGAGGGCACCACGCACGGACCGAUACCACCACAGUGCGAUCCCCAACUUGGUGCGAGCGAUAAACCAUUAGGUUGGCGAACCAAUCUUAAGCCUCCCUGCCAUCCCAGUCCCCCAUGUACGUAUAUUUUCAGUGCGUAUGUACCGC